UGCCGCCGCUGCUGUGGGAAGGUUUCGGAUGUUGGUAUAAUUUGCGGUUUUGAACAUGGCUGGUGAAUGACAUUAAGUAAUUUCCAAAUGUGUGUUUUAUCGUAACAGUUAAUUAUAAUUUACAUUUUAGAAAUGACAUCUACUAAAAUGAGCGAAAGGAAAUUUACAAGAGCACUAGGCAAACCUGGAAUGGCCGCUCAAUUACGUGAGACAGUAUCACAAGUAGUUCGAGAAAGCACGGUUCAGAACAAGCCACAAUUAGUUGAACCAAUCGAUUUUGAAACUUUUAUCUUAAAGAAUAAGACUUUAUUGCAAAAUGAUCCUCAGCGAGAACUGUUGCUGUAUCCAUCGGAUGAUGUGUCGCAAGUCGUUUUACCGAGGAGAUUUCGCACUACUGUGCACAGUGUGCCUCCGACAUUGGAUACGGCCGAGUGCGGCCGUUUCACGAAGGAAUGUCUCAAAAGCUACACAUCCAACUGGAAUCUUAUUCAUUAUAAGUACAGUGCCUAUUCAGGGACCUACUUAGAAUUGCCAAAAAUAUUAAAGUCUGAUGAAUUGAAGGAUGAAGUGUAUGAAGUUGACACAGACGCAGACCAAGUUGAUGAGGAUAUUAUUUCCAAGAACGAUGGCAUCACUAAACAAGGGUACCUUAUGAAAGGACCUGAAGUCGGCUCUGACAGAAUGUUCGUGAAUAUUGGCUCCAAAUCCUUCAAACGACGUUACUGUUAUUUAAGGCAAGAGGUGGAUGGAACGUACAUCCUGGAGUUACACAAGGAUGAAAAGAAGGGAGAAGCAAAGGCAACAAUUGUUAUGGAUUUCUGUACAGAAGUAGUGCGUAAUGCAAAAAGAGGACGAUUCUGCUUUGAGCUGCGGAUGACGGCAGGACACAAGUCAUACAGUUUGGCCGCGGAGAAUGAAUCAGAAUUGCAAGACUGGUUAAGUAAAUUGAAUUCUGUUCUUCAACAAAAUAAAAUACAAGAAGAGAAGAGAGCUGCUUCGUUGGAAAGAGCUAGCAGUACUCCACCUCCUUCCCCCCAGCCAUUUCAAAUGUAUGGCACUUUGAAAGGACUGGAGCAGAGUAUGAAUCCUCAGUUAAUGAAGUACGCUCGCGAAACAGACGUUUCCAUAGCUCUGGCAAGAAGAGAGAAUCGCCGCAGACUGUUCAGCGUAUAUCCUCACAUGCCUCAUGUGAAGAAUGGCAAUACAAACUCCACAGAACAAUGUGUAGAACCGUAUCGAGAACAGUUUGGACAGAGGCUUCAAGUUUGCUGUGAAAGUAUAAGAUUCCGCCUUCAGGCCCCUAUAGAUGGGGAGAAGGAGGCAUUGUGCCAGGUUGAACCGUAUUUUACAACUCUAGCAUUAUUUGAUGCAAAACAGGGUAGGAAACUAACAGAAAAUUUCCAUUUUGAUGUGAAUCAUCCUCAAGUUCGAAGUAUGGUGCCUUCUAUAUCUAAAAAUGGCUCAGUCGAUGAACCUGAAAGUUUAUUACCAUCCGAGCUCCAGCAGGUACCGGAGGAGUGGCUCAUGUAUCCAAAACAGGCUGUGUUUAAUAUUAGCAACCCACACCCAGACAUCUUUAUAGUAGUUAAAAUAGAUAAGAUCCUCCAAGGUGGCAUUUGCCAAACAGCAGAACCAUACAUCCGCAACACGAAAGAUCCUCGCCUUGGACUCAGAGUGCACAAAACUGUGAAAACAUGUUGUCAAAGACUGGGGAACUACAGAAUGCCGUUCGCAUGGACGGCUCGUCCACUGUUUAGACUGUACACUAAUGAACUGGACACAUCAGACUUCCCAGCAGUUUACCGCCAAGAGGGAAAUAGACUGAAAGAUGAAGAAAUAUUGAAGAUUCUCUCAGAAUUCCGAAAACCAGAUAAGAUGAGCAGAUUGACAGUGAUUCCUGGUUGGGUGAAGAUUAAAAUUCAACCAAUUACAGAACUUCCUGAAAAUUCGUUAACUACAUCAUUAUCUCCACUGAAACCAUUUCCAUUACCUCCAACAAAUGAGCCAACGAUAGAAAUGAUGGAAUUUGAAGGAACCUCAGAGAAAGAUGUUCAUCCCUACACAACAUUUCUUAAUCACCUUUAUGUGUACCCACAGAGUCUCAGUUUCGAUACUCAGAAGACGUUCACAAGAGCAAGAAAUAUCGCAUGUGUUGUGGAACUGAGGGAUUCAGAUAGCGAGGGAGCUUGUCCUCUGUGCUGCCUGUGUGGUCGACCAGGCGGUCCAGUUUUUGUGCGCCAGGUGUCCUGCACUGUGCUGCAUCACAGUACAAAUCCAGCUUGGUAUGAGGAGAUAAAGCUGAGACUUCCUAUUCAUCUCCAUAGCAAACAUCACCUUCUCUUCACAUUCUAUCACAUAUCAUGUGAACCUUCUAAGAAGAAGGAAAGUGGCAUUGAGACUUGUGUUGGCUACGCUUGGUUGCCGUUACUUCAGAAAGGAAGGUUGAAUGUUGAAGAGCAGGUUUUACCUGUAGCAUCACAUCUUCCGCCUGGCUAUCUGUCGGUUCAAUCUUUGGGUCUUGGAAAAGGGUAUUCUGGUCCAGAGAUUUUGUGGAUAGAUAGUCAGAGACAGAUCUUUAGUGUGAACUUCCAAUUGGUAUCCACAGUUGUUACUAGAGACCAACAUCUGCACAAUCUAUUUGCUUACACAGACAGAAUGUUGGAACACAGAGUAACUCCCGCCCCACCUUCGGAGACAGAAAUCUGCAAAAUUCUCAAGGCUGCACAUGCAAUCCAGUUGCCAGCUGCUGUUACUUUUCUGCCGAGCCUCUUAAAUCACCUAUUUAGUCUCUUGGUGGUGACCUCUAGUGAGGAAAUUGGACUUAAUGUCAUCAGGGUUUUGAUACACAUCAUCCAUAUGGUCCAUGAGGCAGGGAGGAAGGAGAUUCUUCAGGCAUAUGUCAAGUUUGUGUUUGUCCCACCGGGUGUGUCUAGUUCGACGACUGUGCAUGAAGAAAUGAGCCGACACUUGCCCACGUUGCUGCGUCCAGCCAACACAGAUUUUCUAGUCAUAAACAAGUUCACGCAUCACUCCAACUUCUUCUUUGAGGUUAUGGUGAAGAGUAUGGCUCAGCAUCUUCUAAGUAGUGGGCGUAUCAAGAUGCACCGGAAUGAGAGGUUCUCUGCUGACUUUUUGUACCGCAUCCAGAAUUUGGUGCAAGUUUUGUGUCCGUACUUGAUCCAGAAGUACAAGGAGAUGCCAGUUGAAACUCAGGAGCUUAAUCGCAGCCUGGCUAACUUCCUAAAGAAGUGCCUAACAUUCAUGGACAGAGGCUAUGUUUUCAAACUUAUAAAUUCGUAUAUGGAUAAGUUCAACCCUGGGGACCCAAAGACUCUCUAUGACUACAAGUUUACGUUUCUCCAGAUCAUCUGCUCACAUGAGCAUUAUGUUGUGUUUAAUCUCCCAGUUCUUCACUCAGGGGUGGGCAAUAAAGGCAGGAAUGAUUACAUGAAUGAAUACUCCUUGUCGGAAGAGUUUUGUAAGCAGCAUUUUCUUGUGGGUCUGCUGCUUCAAGAAGUCAGGACAUCUCUCAAUGAAGUAUUCCAGAUACGCAAAGUAGCUGUUUCAACUCUCAGGGAUCUCUUAGCCAAACAUGAGUUAGACGACAGAUACCAGAACAAGGGCCAGUUGGGACGCAUUGCAGCCGUCUACAUCCCUUGGUUGGGAAUUGUGUUGGACAAUUUGAAUCGGCUGAAUGCCGUGCAAGACGCAAGUGGCAGCAGGCAUGUGGACCCGCACCACACGUACAGCUCAAGCAGCAGGUUUUCAAACAGUAGCUCAUUCCUCAACCUCAGGGACUCGGGGACGUCCGUGGGAACUCCUAAAUCCCUCAAUAGGUUCACAAUGCAUCUUGACAGUAACUCAAGCGCCAGAGUUUCCACACACUUCAGAGAUUCAUCUUAUUUUGCGGCAAUAGCUGGCCAAGGGCUUGUAAAUGGAAGUUCUUCUGUGAGCCUGGAAUCAGAGUCUUCCACUGUGUCAGGUGAUGGCCACUCAACGGUGUCGCAAGAAACAGCCAUAAUUAGAGAUCCCAAAGAAGAGGCAAUAAAAGAAGGAAGCAGUAAAAGACAUUCUAGGUCGUUGAGUGUAACACAGUCCAACCAGCCCAUGCGUUGUGAUAAACUACAGUCCACUGAAGUGAAGGAUCUACUUCUGUGUUUUCUGUUUGUCGUCAAAUACCUAGGUGACGACUGCCUGAUUGCCUGGUGGCAUCGAUGUACUGAAAUGGAAGUGAUGAAUUUCUUCAAGGGCUUGGAAAUGUGUCUUCACCAAUUCAAGUACACUGGUAAGCGCCAGAUAGCAGCAAAAACAGGCGGUAAACUUAUCACGACCAAGGCCAUGACGUUGCCGGCACGAAUGCAGCCUCCAGAUUUCUCUGGAGACAGCCCUGUGCUUCCAGCCCACAGUGGGAGCAGCAGCGUAGGCCGGGAUGGCAUUCAGCAAAUUGUGUGUGAGAGUGAUGCCAGUAAGCUGUAUCAAGCCUUGCUGGAAGCGAACAUGGCAACAGAAGUUGGACUCAUUGCUUUGGAUGCACUUGGUCUCUACUGCAUCCAUUUCAAAGAUAAUUUGCUUGCUACCGAGGGAGAUAACGUUAUCAUGAGGAAGGUUUUUGACAUAUACCUGUCAUUCCUGCAAGUUGGUCAGUCUGAAACUUUGUUCCGCCACGUGUUUGCCGCGCUCCGCGCAUAUAUCAACAAUUUUUCUGUCGCUCUGUUUCAAGUGACAAAGUACUUUGUUGCUCCAGGCAAUGCUUCUCUGUGUGGAAGGCUGUGCUAUGAAUUGCUGCGUUGCUGUAAUAGCAGGCUGUCAACUAUUCGUCAGGAGUCGUGCGCUAUUCUGUAUUUACUAAUGAGGAGCAACUUUGAGUUCACUAGUCAUAAAGGACUGACGAGAGUGCAUCUCCAAGUUAUUAUAUCAGUGUCGCAGAUGCUAGGAAAUGUGAUAGGACUGAAUAAUGCUCGAUUUCAAGAAUCUCUUUCUUUGAUCAACAGUUACGCUUCAAGUGAUAAAGUCAUGAAAGGAACAGGAUUCCCUGGGGAAGUGAAAGAUCUGACAAAACGUAUCCGAACCGUACUGAUGGCAACGGCACAGAUGCGAGAGCACCAUCAUGACCCAGAAAUGCUUGUUGACCUACAACACAGUCUUUCCAACUCUUACGCUUCCACGCCAGAGCUUCGACACACGUGGCUGGAAACAAUGGCGAGGAAUCACGUCCGUGAUGGAAAUUUCUCGGAAGCAGCAUCGUGUCAGUUGCACAUUGCAGCUCUCAUGGCCGAGUAUCUGAAGCUUAAGAAUGUUCAGACAUGGGGGGCUGAGGCGUUUGGUAAAAUUUCUUCCAACAUUCCUCAGGAUGAAAGAGGUUUCAAACUUGAUGCAGGGGUCCAGGACAUCCAGUAUACAGAAUAUAUAUUGUUGGAACAAUUAGAAAAAUGUGCUGAAUAUAUAGAGAAGGCCGAACGAUACGAGCUGCUGGGUGAACUGUACCGAUUGAUCAUACCAAUACACGAGCAGAAACGUAAUUAUGAAGCUCUUGCUCAGUGUUAUCAGUCCUUGGCACAAGCUUACAAUAAGGUCGUGGAAGUGUCGCAUACAGGAAAGAGACUCUUAGGGCGAUACUACAGAGUGGCGUUCUUCGGACAGGCAUAUUUUGAAGAGGACAGCGGAGUGGAAUACGUGUACAAAGAACCCAAAGUGACAUCUUUGUCAGAAAUCUCUGAACGAUUGUACCAUUUAUACUGUGACAAGUUCAGUCAUGAUGUUGUGAAAAUCAUCAUGGAUUCUGUCCCAAUUAAUCCAAGUGAACUGGAUGCAAAGUAUGCUUACAUCCAAGUUACGCACGUAACUCCUUACUUUGAGAAGCUUGAACUGGAAGAACGCCAGACGGAAUUUGAACAGAGUCAUGACAUCAGUUGUUUCAUGUUUGAAACUCCAUUUACAAAGGAUGGGAAAGCUCGCGGUAACCCCGAAGAUCAGUGGAAGAGGAGAACUAUUCUGACAACUCAUUACUCAUUCCCGUACGUGAAGAAAAGAAUCUGUGUGGUAAAGCAGCGAGUGCAUGAGCUGAGUCCAAUUGAAGUUGCUUUGGAUGAGAUGCAGAUGAGAGUCACUGAGUUGGAGGAAGUUGUCUUCAUGAAGCCAACUGAUGCCAAGAAACUGCAGUUAAGGCUUCAGGGAGGUGUGUGCGUCCAAGUGAAUGCUGGCCCGCUCACGUAUGCGUCAGUGUUCCUUGACCCAAACCAGGUCUCUCAGUAUCCUGAAGAAAAAGUUGAAGAUCUGAAGGAUGUGUUCAGAGAGUUUGUCAAGAUUUGCUACACGGCCCUGCAGAUAAAUAGCAAACUGAUUACGUCAGAUCAGCAUGAAUACCAAGAAGUGCUACGACAAAAUUUUCAGAAACUUUGUCACAGUCUGUCUUCUUUGUUUGGAGAAUCGCUUUGGCCAGAUGAAGAGAUGGGCUGUUUCAAGAGGAACAGUCAGGCACUGUUCAGCGUGAUCAGCGGUGCAUCAGGUAACUCGAGCUCCGCAUAGUUACAUCCACGUGAGUGUUCGUUCCACGUUUGGCAAGUUUGUCGUAAUGUCGAUCGUUUGGAUUGUGCAAUUGGUUAUUAGUCAGAAUUUUAAUGUGAUAAACUCAAGGGUGUGGUACUUCCGUUGUUUUUUCUGUGCUGAUUUUCACAGACUUGCAUCAGGAAGUCCCAAGUUACAAUGUGAUGUUUAUACGUGGAACCUUGACCUGUGGGAGAGUGUGAAUAUAUAAUAGUUUUUUGUAUUGUCUACCAGGAGUAUGGCUUUUGGUGUAAGUUUGAAAAUAUCUGGUAUGGCCUAGCACAAGCAGUGAAACAAAUACAUAAAAUUGUAUAUCAGCUUAUCGGUUGACCUGGAUAACUAAGCGUUUCUGUUGCAGGCAAUAUUACUUAGCAUUUGAAAUGUUCCUAAACUGUAUAGACAUUCCAUUUGACUUUUAAUAUGAAUUAAUUAUUAAUUGAUUCUAAUUAAGGUGUCUGAGGUAACACUAAAUACUGAACAGUUCAGUGUAACUAAAUAUUUUAGUCUUCAUAGUGAAUCCCAUUUUACACUAGAAUGGUGUUUUCUCAGGUAAUAGUGACACUGACAUGUUUCGCCGUUUCAUGUUUUGAAAGUUUUCGCUGAAUGCUCAUCUGAGUGUUGUUAUUCAGUAAGAAACUUGUUCCCGACAGCAUUUCCUGCAGCACUGUUUCCACUGACACUUCAGGCGCAGUGGUAUCAAAUUUUCUAUCAUCCUAACCCUCCAGGCCAGUAUUUAAAUAUCCGCUAAGCUGACACUGUGGCAGUAUUUAAAUGGCCUGUCAGUAAGAAAUUUGUGACAUAUGAAUUGUCAAGUUUUUCCCACUUACAGUCACUCUGCAGCAAAUUGCUCCUCUCAAUAUCUGUUUCACGUUCCUCACUAUCUGAUGAUUUCUCAACCAUGACAAUCUUUUCGUCUUCAUCACUGUCUAAUUCACUUACUUCUUCUUCUUCUUCUAUGGCUCUCCUGUCCGUAUUCGGUCCAUGGCCUCCUCAAUUCUCCUCUUCCAUUCGGUCCUCUGUAAAGUGUUGGUGGCAUUGGUGUCUGGAUUACGUAACUCUGUUUUUUUUUUUUGGGGGGGGGGGGGGCUGUAGUCAAUAGCAUUUGUGUGUUCUCACGCCAUGCCCCUUAUAUUUUUGCACACAGUUCUACUUACAGUUUAAAGCUGAUGGCUGUUUGGUUGGCUAGAGUAGUAACGUGUGAAUCUGAGCAAAUAAUACAUAAAACUGGAUUUCAUAUUACGUUUUAAGUUUUUGUUUUUACCGUGUAUAGUCAACAUUUCUCUCAGACUUUCCACUCUGUGUACUUAAAGGAACGCCUCGUCCUGCAUAUAUUUCUACGCGUAUGGAGAAGAAAUGUGAGAGUUUAUACCAGGGGUGGGAAAACUACUUUUUUGCAGGCCAGAUAUAGCCCAUAAAGAUGUUUAUUUUAGCCUAUGCUAUUAUUUGUGUAUUAUAAAGAUCUCAUAUUAACUUUUGUUCUUCAGUGUAGAAGAAUGCAUUUUAUAAUCAUAAGGGAAUCGAGAUGCUCUCCUAUGGAAAUUGAAGUUUUUGGGUCCUAGUGCACGCACUUCUGUAGUUUACGUACAACUGCAUAUGAAAAUGCUGAACAGGUUUCAGGAGAGCAUGUCAAAAUCAAUCAGUUAUAAUGCAAUUUUUAUGUAUCUAUAAUUUAUAUUCAAUCGUCAUGAAUAAUUGGUGAUUCUUUAACAUUUU